AUGAAGUUCGCAUUCACCCUCGCCACCAUUGCCGCCGCCGUAUUGGCCCAAGACGACGUAGCCCCUGACAACAACUUUAUCGAAAUCGUCGGCGGCACCGAAGCCAAGGUCGGCCAACACCGAUACCUAGCGGGCCUCAAGCACUCGGCCACGUCCUCGUCCAGCUGUGGCGGCAGUCUGAUCGCCCCCAACGUCAUCCUCACGGCGGCGCAUUGCACGGGCGGCGGCCUCACUACCGCCGUCGUGGGCUCGCACUUCCUCUCCGGCUCGUCCGACGGGGAGGUGGUCAAAAUCACCAAGGAGAUCCGCCACCCUCAAUACAACGCGGCGACGCACUCGAACGACGUGGCCAUCCUCCUCUUGGACCGCAGCAUCACGAGUAUCACGCCCGUGGCGGUGUCGUUUGACACAGUUCCUGCCAACGUACUCACGUGGGUGCGCGGGUGGGGCACCACGUCGUCCGGCGGCUCCCAGUCCAGGGUGCUCAAGGAAGUGAGCGUGCUGUCCCGCUUCAACACUGCUCGCGCCUUCAUCGAGCCGUACUUGAAGAAGAAGAACUUGCGCGUGCCUUACUUGGUGAGCGAAUUCGCUGAAGAAACCGAUGAGGCCGUGGUGGACAGCGACGUCGUGUCGGCGCCGGAAGGGGGAAAUUAA